GUGAGCUGGCAUAGUGAAGAUGGUCUCCCAAGUGUGUCAGAACUACCACAAGGACUGUGAGGAUGCUGUUAACAAGCAGAUCAACCUGGAGCUCUAUUCCUCCUAUGUUUACCUCUCCAUGUCCUCUUACUUUGACCGGGAUGAUGUUGCCCUGCGUCACUUUGCUGAGUUCUUCAAGGAGCAGUCCCAUGAGAACGGGAACCACGCUGAGAAACUUCUGGCAUUCCAGAAUAAACGUGGAGGCCGAGUCCUCCUGCAGGAUGUCAAGAAGCCAGAGCAGGAUGAGUGGGGCAAUGGUCUGGAGGCAAUGCAGAGAGCUCUGCAGAUGGAGAAGGAUGUGAACCAGAGUCUGCUGGAUCUGCACAAACUCUCCUCUGGCCACACAGACCCUCAUCUGUGUGACUUCCUGGAGAGGCACUACUUGGAUGAGCAAGUGAAGAUGAUCAAGAAGCUGGGAGAUCACAUCACCAACCUGAAGAGACUGGGAGCCCCUGAGAAUGGCCUGGGAGAGUACCUGUUUGACAGGCUCACCCUGGGGGAGAGUGACUGAACUGACUGCAGGGAGCAGGACUUUAUUGUUUUUCUCUCUGAAUGAGAUCUAUAGAAUCUGAAGCUGUAGAAGUAGCUCACUGUCCUGGGCUUGAUUAUGGAAUGUACCAACUGUAAAUAAACUGCUCAUUGUUGGAUUGGUUUUUGCUGACUAGUAGGUCAAACUGUGUAUAUAGGUCUGUACUGGGACUUGCUAUCAGAGGAUCUCUUGAUGCAGAUCAGUAAUCAAAUCCAGUCCAAAUUACUUCAUCUCACACCAAAUAUGUGGUGUGGGUAUAAGGUCAAGUACAGAGCUGAGUUUAUGGAAUAAAUGUUUUCUCCAUUAAAGUGGGAGACUGGCACAACCAGAUUCUGAUUGUCAAGAGGAGUUUUACAAACGUCUCCCUAAGUAGUCAAGUACAUGGGCCAAUGCCACUGGCAAUAAUAUUGCUAACACUAUCCAACCGUCACCAGUUAGAUUACAACCUCAGCUGUUUUGGAUUUUCAAAUCCACAACCAACUUCCCCACUCCUUGCAUCCU